ACACACUUCAGUUGAUAAGCUCUAGUGCGGACAAUGGGAUACUUUCAUCGAGCUCCUUCCUUACACACUUUCCAAACACCGAAAUCGAGUCGUGUGCUCGCGCACCGCAUGCGUUGAUGGGCGCUGGGGCGGGCAGCGGGCGGGCGGCGCGGGCGCUCCGCCUGCUGCUUCUGUUGGUUCUGGCGCUUGCCGCCGUCGAGUACCUCUUCGGGUCCAUCCUCGACGCCUCGCCGCUCCGCACCUACCUCUACACGCCGUCGCAUAACGCCACGCAACCCAUUGUCAAGAUCGGUGAAAAAACUUGGCCUAAAAAGAUAAUAAUUGACACUGCGACACAAAACUCCUCUGCACCGGUUUCCUUCAACAGCACAAUCAAAGAAGUAACUAACAUGACUCGUCAAAACGUCUCAGAAUAUUCCAGUACUCCGCUCUUGAUCACUAAAAUAAUGGAUAGUAUCAAAAACCAGGCCACGACUGAAGAUGGGGAACUAAAAGUCUCUGAGCCAUUACUACCUAUUUGUGAUGAAAUGCCACCAGAUUUAGGUCCAGUAUCAGUAAAUAAAACUGAAAUAGAAUUAGAUGAAGUUGAGAAGAAAUAUCCCGAAGUACAACGUGGAGGUUUCUACGCACCACCGAAUUGCAGCGCUCGGCACAAAGUUGCUAUUAUAGUGCCUUACAGAGAUCGCCAACAACACUUAGCGAUAUUCCUGAAACACAUGCACCCGUUUCUGAUGAAACAGCAAAUUGAAUAUGGCAUAUUUAUCGUCGAACAAGAAGGAACAACUGAUUUCAAUCGUGCCAAGCUAAUGAACGUGGGUUUCGUGGAGAGUCAAAAAUUAAAAAAGGGUGGUUGGCAGUGCUUUAUAUUCCACGACAUAGACCUACUGCCGCUCGACACGAGGAACCUCUACUCCUGUCCUCGACAACCCAGACACAUGUCCGCUGCAAUUGAUAAGCUGCAUUUUAAGUUACCAUAUGAGGAUAUAUUCGGCGGUGUGUCAGCUCUCACACUGGAGCAAUUCACCCAAGUGAACGGUUUCUCCAACAAGUACUGGGGUUGGGGCGGCGAGGACGACGACAUGUCUUAUAGGUUAAGAAAAAUGAAUUAUCACAUAGCGAGGUACAAGAUGUCAAUUGCGAGGUACGCCAUGUUGGAUCACAAGAAAUCAUCACCAAAUCCUAAAAGAUAUCAACUUCUGUCACAGACCGGUAAAACAUUCCAGAAGGACGGACUGUCGACGCUCGAGUACGAGAUAGUAAGUCUAACGCGACACCACCUCUACACGCACAUCGUAGCCAACAUCGACGAGCGUAGCUGACGGACAUACCUCGCCAAACUAUUGUUUGGCGAUCGGUAACACCCAGACUACCUUCGAAAUAACUGCAGAUUUAUGGACUACUUUCUUAUUUAUUUUUUUCAAUUUUUUUUUAUUUGUCCAAUACUGAAUGUGCAUAGGCUUUUGUCAUUCAGCCAUAUAUUUAAACACAAUGUUAAUAAAAUUUCUUAUUUUUUA